UGCGGAAGUGGCCUGUGCUGUUUGCGGAGAAUUAAACCUGCUCGGCGAGCACACAGGAGAAAAGAGGUGUGAGCUCUGGACCUGUAAAAACAUUGGCGUGGACAUGGAUUACUCUGAAACAUGAUCAUUUGACAUCCCUGUCGAUUCCAUUUACGGCUCAUUUUUGUCUUUAGUUCUUUUAAAGGUGUAGGUUGCUGCUGAAAGAGGAGACUUUUGAAGCUAUGGGUGCACUACAGUCCUCACCGGGUCAUCCUGAAUAUAUUGAUCUAUCGGAAAAGACGGGUUUUUCAUAUGAACAGAUUGGAGUUCUGCAUAAAAGAUUCAAACAGCUGAGUCACAAUGAAGAAAGUCUAAGGAGAGAACAAUUUGAAGAAAUCCCAGAUCUAGCAUGCAAUCCCAUCCGUGCACAGAUCAUUGAGGCUUUCUUUGACAAAAGAAACUUUCACCAGAAUGGCGAGGGAACCGUCAAUGAGAUCGGCUUUGGGGAAUUCCUGGUGGUCAUGUCUCAUUUCAGACCCCCGUCCCUGCACAUAACAGAAGAACAGCGCGAGAAAGUCAGAAGAGAGAAACUGAGAUUUUUAUUCAACAUGCAUGACACAGACAACGAUGGGACAAUCACCCUUGAGGAAUACAGACAUGUCGUGGAGGAGCUGUUAUCUCGCAGCGGAGCACUGGAGAAGGAAACAGCCAAAAGCAUUGCUGAUGCAGCCAUGUUGGAGGUGGCCAGCAUUUCAAUGGGUCACAUGGAGCCUGAUGAAUUCUAUGAAGGAAUCACAUUUGAGCAUUUUCUCAAGCUGCUGGAUGGCUUUGAAAUUGAAACAAAAAUGAGCAUUCGCUUCUUGAACAUGGACACGAUGACCAUGUGUAAGUGAGACUUACAGUAAAUUGUGCAAUCCCUGUGACUGAAGGGAGGAUGGAAAUUAUUUCACUAUAGCAUUAAUAUUCAUUAUUUAGUUUGUUGCUUGCACUGAAGAUAUGCCUUAGUCUGAACAACUAUGCAAAUCUAAGUACUAUGAGACCACACACACACACACACACACACACACACACACACAUAUAUAUAUAUAUAUAUAUAUAUAUAUAUAUAUAUAUAUAUAUAUAUAUAUAUAUAUAUAUAUAUAUAUAUAUAUAUUAUAUGACAGCAAUAAUGUACCACUACUCUGACUACUCUGUGAAUUUUGUGGCUGAAGCAAUAAUACUGAAAUAUCAAUGACUGACCAUAUGUCUCUAUGCAUGUGAAUAUAAAUUCUCAAUGAACCUUUUAAGAUGUUAAAUCAAAAAAUAACAUUAAACAAGAACAAGAUCGUUUGUCUUUUAUAGAAAUGUACUUAAUUAUAGACAAGACAGGGAUUUGAGGUGUUUUUAAUGUCAAACAUGAUACUUUAUGCAUGUUCUGUACACUUAUGUUUGCACAAUAAAUAUGAAACAGACAUGA